AUGUGUCGCGUGAUCAAGAGGUGGAAGAAGAUCGAGUUGAUUAGUCAGCCCGCCGCCAAACCCAACCCUCGGUCAAAAUUAAAAGCUGUUGCAUUAUCCAUUAAGACGCAGUCGCUGUCAACAAGUUUACUGGUUGAAAAAGGUGAAAUGGGUGGCGAUAGUCGGAUACAAUCAAUGAAUAUGCUAAAGGAUUCGAGAUAUCCAAUGAUAAUUGCAACUUAUUCUAGUGGCUUGGCCCAACAUUACAAGGAUAUGUUAUGGAACAUGAAACUUAAGACCGACGACCUUUUGGUUAGGAAUGCUCAAGUUGGUGAGAUGCAGAAGAAGGUUGAGAAGCAUUAG